CUUGAGUCUCAGAUGGUGUACGUGCCUACAAUCCAGUGGAUUUAAAUAUGGAAGGGGAAAUCUAAGAGCACCGCUAAUAAAGUGUGGGGAAACAAGCCACGAGGGGACUCCGUUGCUGUCUGUCUGCAAGCGAGAAGGAUAAAUCUCUUGGAAAAAUGGAAAAAAAGGCACCAAGUAAUGAGACCCAGCCCCUGACUUCCAAGAAAGAGGUCUCAGACUGUAAUGAAGGAGAAGACUGUAAAGAGAACGGACUCCCAGUCAGAAACCCUGCACCUGCUCUGCGGCUAACGGAGGAUGGGAACAGAGUCCCCCCCAGCCAGGGGGAUAAAGGGGAGGCAGCUCCGAUCUCCAAUGGUUAUUCCGGGGUUCAGAGCUCCGUUCCCUGCAAUGGAAUGGGAGAGGUGGAAGACGCCCAGUGCACGGCCCCAGCAGCCACAACCACCACCACAACCACCACGUCCACCACGUGCGGAGCAGAAGGCCCCCAGCAGCUCAUGGAGCUGGAAGACAGGGAGACCUGGAGUAAAAAAAUUGACUUUCUGCUCUCUGUCAUCGGGUAUGCAGUGGAUCUGGGAAAUGUGUGGAGAUUUCCUUAUAUAUGCUAUCAAAACGGAGGAGGAGCGUUCCUCAUCCCUUACACAAUUAUGGCCAUCUUUGGAGGUAUUCCUCUCUUCUACAUGGAGCUAGCGCUAGGACAGUACCACAGGAAUGGGUGCAUUUCCAUUUGGAGAAAAAUUUGUCCUAUAUUCAAAGGAAUUGGCUUUGCCAUCUGUAUAAUAGAUCUUUAUGUAGCCUCCUACUACAAUACCAUUAUGGCUUGGGCCUUUUACUACCUCAUCUCCUCCUUCACGUCGGAGCUGCCCUGGACCAGCUGCACAAAUCCUUGGAAUACAGGCAACUGCACUAGCUACUUGAGCAAGGACAAUGUCAGCUGGGCCCCACACUCCAUCUCUCCCGCAGAAGAAUUUUAUACCCGCCGAGUUCUACAGGUGCACAGGUCCCAUGGGCUGGAUGACCUGGGGGGCAUUAGCUGGCAAUUGACCCUCUGUUUAUUGUUAAUCUUCACCAUUGUAUACUUCAGCAUCUGGAAAGGGGUCAAAACAUCUGGCAAGGUGGUGUGGGUGACCGCCACGUUCCCCUAUGUCGUCCUCUUCAUCCUGCUGGUGAGGGGCGCAACCCUGCCCGGUGCCUGGAGAGGUGUCCUCUACUACCUGAAACCCGACUGGCAGAAACUGCUGGCCACCGAGGUUUGGGUGGAUGCAGCAGCUCAGAUCUUUUUCUCCCUUGGACCAGGUUUUGGGGUCCUGUUGGCUUAUGCCAGCUACAACAAAUUCCAUAACAACUGCUAUCAAGAUGCCCUGGUUACCAGCACCGUGAACUGCCUGACCAGUUUUGUGUCUGGAUUUGUCAUCUUCACUGUGCUCGGGUACAUGGCGGAGAUGAGGAACGAGGAUGUAUCCGAGGUUGCCAAAGACACCGGACCCAGUCUUCUCUUCAUUACUUACGCCGAGGCCAUUGCAAACAUGCCUGCUUCAACCUUCUUUGCCAUCAUAUUCUUCCUGAUGUUGCUCACGCUGGGAUUAGACAGCACGUUUGCAGGACUAGAAGGAGUGAUUACUGGAGUACUCGAUGAAUUCCCACAUGUUUGGAGCAAACGCAGAGAAUUGUUUGUCCUUGGAUUGACCAUCGUUUGCUUUCUGGGGUCAUUAGCAACCCUGACAUUUGGAGGCGCGUACGUGGUGAAGCUGUUUGAGGAAUACGCCACCGGGCCCGCUGUCCUCACCGUGGUGUUCCUGGAGGCCGUGGCGGUGGCCUGGUUCUACGGCAUCACCCAGUUCUGCAGCGAUGUCAAAGAAAUGCUGGGCUUUGCCCCUGGCUGGUACUGGCGGGUUUGCUGGGUAGCCAUCAGCCCCAUCUUCCUUUUGUUUGUCACCUGCAGCUUUCUGUCCAAUCCUCCUGAGCUCCGUCUUUUUGAUUAUAAUUAUCCCUAUUGGACCACAGUAGUGGGUUACUGCAUAGGAACCUCCUCUGUCAUCUGCAUUCCAAUCUACAUGGUUUAUCGACUGAUCAUCACUCCGGGAACACUUAAGGAGCGUAUUCUGAAAAGCAUUACUCCAGAAACAGCCACAGAAAUUCCAUUUGGAGACAUCCGCAUGAAUGCAGUUUAAGUUAACCUAUUUUCUGCGGGAGAGGGAGAGGAUAAAAUUUACCUUUCCCCAUGCUCUCUGCUCCAAAGAAUUAUGUUUCCAGCUGAGACAAUUGGAGUUUUUCAUGGAGGCUGCCACUGACAACAGGCACUAGGAAACACGAUGCCUCCAGCACGUACAUCCAAGCAAUUCAACCAAAUCUGCUGCGCACUUCUAAAUAGACUGUAUUCACGGAAGAACUUCC